AGUAGGAUGACUCGUGUGAUCGAAACCGCUGCCUCCGUCGACUCCGCUUACGUCGCCGGAGCGCCGUCCUCCAUGGCCACCAUAUCCGCUUUCCUUCAUUCCAUUACGGCGGAAAGCCAACCAUCAACAACAUCGACAGCUCCUUCGUCGGAAUCAAACCUAAUCAAACAAGAACAUCCAGACAUGACGAACACUCACAUCGUCGAUUUACCACCACCGCCGUUCAUAAAUUCCAUCAAUGGUCUCCGCACCCUCUCCACAGCAUUGUCCACAUUCCUCCGCCGCUACGACGAGUUACAUGAUCACCUCAAUUUCAUCAAAACAUCAAUCGACUCGAAAUUGCCAAAUCACCUCCUCUAUACCGAUAACCCUAACCACUGCGUAACUGCCUUAACGGAAGCCUCCUCUGUUGAUACCGUAACCGCUGCUCCUGAAACAAUGGCCACAGAACAAAACCCUAAGGGAACUGCAAAUAAUUGCGGACGGAACCAUGGAAACGUGAGGAAGCCUGAAGGCUCCUCGGAGAAGUCUGAAGAAAAUGAUACUUCGGAGAACCGUGAAGAAACUGAGAUUUUGAAGAAGCCUGAAGAAAUUGAUAUCUCGAAGAAGCCUGAUGUAUCUGAAUUGGAAAGCCAUUGUGAACGGAUGUCUGGUCGGGGGAUGAGGAAGUAUGUAGUCAGAAAUAUUUCUGACAUGAAUAAACUCCGCGAAGAAAUUCCGAAGGCAUUGAAACUAGUCAAAGAUCCUGCAAAACUCGUUCUACAGAGCGUUGGGAGGUUUUUCUUAUCGAGCAGUAGAUCAUUCGCAGAGGGGUCGAAGAUGGCUGUGGUAAGGCUAGCUGCAGUUUUGAUUUUGGAAUGCUUUGUGAUGAUAAGCAGUGACGGCAUUGAGAUUGCAAAAGAAGAAGAAGAAUAUGCAGCAAAAGCGGCUGUUGAUUGGAGGAAAAGGAUGAUCAAGGAAGGUGGGUUGGCAAAAACGGAUGAGGUUGAUGCCAAGGGUUUGCUUCUCUUUAUCAGUGGGUUUGGGAUUCCAGGUAUCUUUAAGAAUGAAGAUAUUACGGAUUUGAUUAGGGCUAGUAACGUGAAGAAAAUUUCCUCUGUUCUUUGUCGAUCGGCCAUUCUUAUCUCAAAGAUUCCAGAGGUAAUUCAUUGGAUGGUGAAGAAUGAUCUGGAAAUAGAAGCUACAGAUAUUGCCGAUACUUUUGCUUUGGAGGAUAAGUGCCAUAAAUUUAAAGACAAGCAACAUGGUUCUUCUCCUCAAGUGGACAUGGGAGCUAACGGUGGCGUUUCUUUUAACGGAACUGCAACUAAUUGCGUAUGGGGACAUGAAAAAGUGAGGAAGCCUGAGAUCGCCGAUAUCUCGGAGAAGUCCGAAAAAACUGAUUUUUUGGAGAAGCGUGAAGAAACUGAGACUUUGAAGACGCCUGAAGAAACUGAUAUAUCAAAGAAGCCUGAUGUAUCUGAACUGGAAAGCUGUUGUGAACGGAUGUGUGGUCGGGGGAUGAGGACAUAUGUAGCCAGACAUAUUUCUGACAUGAAUAAGCUUCAGAAAGAAAUUCCGAAGGCAUUGAAACUAGCCAAAAAUCCUGCAAAAUGUGUGCUAGAGGGCGUUGGGAGGUUUUUCUUACAGGGCAGUAGAUCGUUCUCCAAGGGGUCAAAGGUGAGUGUAGCAAGGCAAGCUUCGGUUGUGAUUUUGGAGUGCUUUGUGAUGAUAAGCAGUGACGGUAUCGAUAUUGCAAAAGAAGAAGAAGAAUAUGCAGCAAAAGCGGCUGUUGAUUGGAGAAAACGGAUGAUCAAGGAAGGUGGGUUGACAAAAACGGAUAAAAUUGAUGCCAGGGGUUUGCUUCUGCUUAUCAGUGGGUUCGGGAUUCCAGAUGUGUUUAAGAAUGAGGACAUUCGGGAUUUGAUUAGAGCUAGUAACGUGAAGAAAGUGUCAUCUGCUCUUCGUCGUUCAAUCAUUCUUAUCCCAAAAAUUCCAGAGGUAAUUGAUUGGAUGCUGAAGAAUGAUCUCUAUAUAGAAGCUGCUGAUAUUGCCUAUACUUUCGGUUUGGAAGAUAAAUGCCGCCCGCAGACCAUAUUGACGACAUUCUUGCACAAUAAAAUUAAUGACGGGCAACAUGGUUCUUCUGCUGAAGCGAAUGCUAAGAAGCAGCUAUCGUAUCUGAAGUCAGUAAGAAAAUGUUUGGAAGCUCACAACGUUGAUCUCUCAAAGCCCCUUGCGGACUAUAAAAUCAACGAAAGAAUACACCAGCUCGAGAAAGAGAUAAACGAGCUCGAUUCAAAAUCCGUGGAAAAGAACCCAUCCCGAAAGAGAAAGGUGAAAGAAGCUGAAUCUUCAAGAAACGAAAAACAACAUGAAACAAAACGCACUCGUUUAAGUAGUCACAAGAAUCUGCCACAAGAGCCAAAACCGGUCAAUUACUAUGCUAAAAGCCCGUAUAACCAAUUGACACGAUCCGGUAGCAGCAGUUACUUCGAUCGGAAACUCCCGAGCGAUUGCAUCGGUGCGUAUCCGACUUCAUCUGUGUUAUCUGCACCCGGGCUGUCGGAAAACGUAGCUAGCUCGGUAGCCAUUGAAAGUGAAAGUGGUUUAGCCGGUGGUGGCAUGCUCAUCGGUUCUUACGGCUCGGGUCUUGCCGUUGAAAGUGGAGGUGGGUUAUCCAGUUGUUAUGGAGGAACCUAUCCUGACCAAGUGAUGAACGGUCGACCUUACGGUUGGCAUGAGGACUCGUUGUUGGUCGAGCGGUAUCUGGGUCAACCCUAUUCGAGAAUUGGUCAAACAUACGAUUUGCAACCUUCAACGAGUGGUUUGAUUGGUUUGUACGGUAGACAACUGGGACGGCCAUCACUAGAAACAUUUCCUGGAUUGCCAAGUUCAUCUGGGUCACAGGGCUUUUCGGGUCAAGGAGCCCCGGGUUCGGAUCUGUACCGUUUCGCUGAUACCGUUGUACAAAAUGAAUCGUAUCGUGGUUCUUAUGCAUCAGGUGGUGGUACCAUUCGCUCACCUCACUUGUACUGAACAAAUGGUUAGAGUUAAGGUUGAUACGAGGUUAAAUCAUGAUGUUGAUACUACCUCGUUUUUUAUGUAAAAAUGUGAACUCGCUUCUCAUGGUAUAUAUGCAUGGUGUUUGG